AUGCUGGAGCUCCCGGUUGCUCCGGUGGCCUUCAUAUGGCUCGGGUUGCUGUUCCUGACGAGGAAUGUAAAAUUGAAACAGAGUUUUGAGGAUGCGCGCAGAGAAGAGAAGAGAUUCUUCCGUCAUCAUCGAGCUUAUCAUGACCUUGUUGAUCGUUGUGGUAUACCUCGGCUGGAAAAGAAGCUGGAAUUGGAGAUGGAACACGUUAAAAGAAGGCGCAAAACUCAGAUGGUACGAGAGAAAGAGAUGCAAAUAGCUCAGAUAAAUGAAGCAGAGGAAGCAGAGGAACGAGGGCUAUUUUCGAAAGCUUCAGAGACCAUCCUGUUUAUGAUAAUGUGUCGGCUCAAUCUAGUUGAUAAAGCUACGUUUGUCGCAGUGUGUAAGAAAUGGAAUUCGGUGCCUUGUAAUUUUGGCCUAAGAGACAUUUCAUCUCCGAAUGCGAGAAAGUUAUCUGAAUCCCCGUGUUUGAUGAUGGUUGGAAAGGACAACUUUGUCAAGUUGUUGAACCCUCUCCAUAAUACGUCGUUCCCAAUCAACAAAUCCCCGGUAGAAAUGCCAUCCGGGAUCAUCUGCGCCGCGAGUUUUGGCUGGUUAUUGAUGGCAUGCGUAAACAUUGUUAAUACACGUACUGCAUUAUUCUUCUUCAACCCUUCAAGUGGUGAAACAAUAGAUGUUGCUUGUGAUCCAGAUUUUAGCCACCCGUGUGUUUUUGUGGCGUAUAAGGGCAAAGAAGUGUGCAUAUGCAAGCUAGAUGUGAGGAGAAAGGCUUGGGACAUGAUACAAGACUUGGGAGAUAAAACUGUAUUUGUCAGCCAUCAAACAUCUUUCAUGGUGAAGGCUAGUGUGGAAGGAGCAGGGAACAAGAUCUUCCCAAAGUUUAGAGGAGAUGAUGGCAUCGUUUUCUAUUCUCUCAAGACGAAAAAUUUUCACACAUUCAGAAAAAUUAUGAGGAUUUGCAUGGGACUACGGAGAUCCGACCAUCUACUUGGAUCGAUAUCAGCCGUCAACCCAUUCCAACUGAUGGCGCGAGUUUCCUAUGAUGAUUAA